AUGAGUUCGUCGUUAAGGUUCGCGCGCGACUCGCUACGUCCCGAUAUAUUGAUAUCGUAUCGAACGGGCACUCACACCUACGCGAACGUCGAAAACGGCGACGUCUGUCCGGCGGUCUUCGAAGGUCCAGGCGGGGCCUUCGCUCACUCGUUCUUCCCCACCGGAGCGGCCGAUUUCUCCUCGGAGGUGCACGUCGAUGACGAGGAGCCGUGGCACGUGCGCCUGAACAAGAAUCUCUCCGACAAGUAUCAUCUGCUGCUAACGCUAACUCACGAGAUCGGCCACGCCUUAGGUCUGCAGCACAGCAUGCGCAACGACUCGGUCAUGUUUCCGUAUAUACCCGACAACGAGCUUCAAUAUCCGGUUAAAUUAAACGUAGAGGACACCCUCGCUAUACAAAAUUUGUACGGAUCUCGCGACGACGGAGAUCGCCCCGCGAUUCCCGCGAUCACCGCGGCGCCCGUCACCACCGUAGCGCCCGCGACGACCAAUCCGUCGCGCGACGAUCUCUGCGCCUUGCGGCGCAUAGACGCGGCCUUAAUAAUGAAUCGACGUUUGUACAUAGCCGACCGACGCAACGUAUGGUCGAUCGAUCUAACCGAGAAACGCUACGGUAGGCCCAUGACGAUAACGGAAUACGCGACGUUUCUCCCGAAAAACUUCACGCGUCUUAUCGGAUUUCCCCGAGACGCUAAGAUCAACGCCGCGAUAAACACGCACUCGGGACGAACCUACGCUAUCUACGACGACGACAGAGUAGCGGAGAUCGACGAAUGCUGCAUGACGGUCGUUAAGCACGUUCCGUUAAAAGACGUAUUUUCCGGAAUACCAUCCGCGAUAACGUCGGCCCUCCGAUACACCGACGGUAAUCUGUACUUCUUCGCUAAACGUCAAUUCUACGCGUUCAACGAAUUCUCGAACAUCGUGACCUCGGCGGGUCCCUUCGACCUUCGCGUUCUCGGCGUCGAAUGCCCCACGAACGGGUUACUGCGGCAAUUGCGGGAUCUUCUCAGCCGCGUCUAUCGCCUCAACGUCGCGACCGAUAGAUCCGACGAGGACGACGAUAGCGACUUCCUGCAAACUCUUCAAGAAUAG